AUGGAUUCGCCGGCGACGGGAUUUCGGGGACCCGCAGAGUGGGCGGCGCCGGCGUUGAAGGAUUUGCUGCCGGAUCUGUCCCGUGAGGAGCAACUAUGGCUGGAGAGCGGCUUCCAGCCGGCCGGGCGAAGGCGCAAGGGACGACGCAUCACCAAGCAGAAACUUCUCCCGGAAGUUCCUCCUUCCAUCCCCGAGCAGCGCACAGAAGGUAUACGCUGCUCUGAACACAUAAUUUCCUCCACCUGUAUUGGAUUUGGACGCAGAGAGCGUGAUGCCUGGCUCAUCGGGUCAGUCCAAGCUGCUCUCUGCCACUACAAUGCUAGGCACCAGGGUGGCGAGUUUGAUGCUGUGAAGCCACUGAUGGAAGACCGAGUUGGUUUCAGGGACCAGGUGUGGUUCCACCUCAACUUCUGGGCUCGUAGCCGCAGCACCAACAAAAUCAAGCGCUUCUUCGCCGAGGUGCACUACAAGCCAUCCUCUGACACCUCCAAAUACCCACAGGCAACUCCCAUCGUUGAAAUAUGCACCAUCAUUGAAGAGCCUCUUUCCCAGUACAGGAGGGCGUGUGCGUUUUGUGCUGCCAGUUGCGAAAUUUUGCACCCUAAGGGGUGUCGCAAGUUUGUUUGCGGCAACGACAAGGACCGGUUCGAACAACGUCUCGUGCAGUGUGGCUCUAUGUGCAUCGAGCCACCAUUCAGUUGCCCCUCCAAGAUAGAAAGGCACGGUCUGCCUUAUCGCUCCUCAUCGUCUUCGCCAUCACAAUGA